CAGUUCAGUAUUUUGUGCACUUUCUCUGCUUUGCUGAAAGUUUGGCUCUGUGGAUUCCCACAUAUCCCGACAGCACGUGAACGCCGCAGCAGGGAGCUCAUCUGUUGGACAGGGAAACUAAUCAGGAGCCAAGUAAAGACUUUUCAACACCGCGAGCUAAAAGGCUAGCACGGCUCCUAAGUCAGCCGCCGCUACGAAAACGGGGGUAGGGACUUUGUUUGUGACCGACAACGUCUCCCCCAGGCAGGAAACAACUUUGUAGCCAUGUUAUAGUGGGUGUAUGGGGGGGAAACACUUGUAUCGUUGCGCUUAAAGUAUAAAAGCGAGCUGCCUCCGGUCAGCAAGCUUGUGGCUAGCUCCAUAACAUUAGCUGGGAAAGAAGUGGAGGCUUGGAGGGUUAAAAGAAACAACAAACUAACAAACAUGGAGCUGGACGACGUGGUCCUCUACCAGGACGACUCGGGCGACUCGGACGUGAUGUCCGAGCGGGUCGCCGGUCUGGCCAGCUCCAUCUACCGGGAGUUCGAGCGGCUCAUCGAGAGGUACGACGAGGACGUGGUGAAGGAGCUGAUGCCGCUGGUCGUCGGGCUGCUGGAGAACCUGGACUCGGUGUUCGCCGCCAACAAGGAGCACGUCGUGGAGCUGGAGCUGCUGAAGGAGGACAACGAGCAGCUCGUCACGCAGUACGAGCGGGAGAAAGCGCUGAGGAAACACGCGGAGGAGAGAUACAUUGCCUUAGAAGACUCCCAAGAUGGAGAGAAAAAGGACCUCCAGUCUCGACUGGUAACUUCGGAGUCCCACGCCCGGCAGCUAGAGCUAAGGACAAAGAACUAUGCAGAUCAGAUAAGCAGAUUUGAAGAGAGAGAAGCAGAACUGAAGAGGGAGUACAACGCUCUUCAUCAAAGACACACUGAGAUGAUCCACAGCUACAUGGAGCACCUGGAGCGAGCUAAACACCAGCACCCAACCACACCAGCAGAGCCGUCUGAUACAGCAUCGUCAGCUAAGAGACGGAAAGAGCGCCCCAUCUCCAUGGUUUUCCAACUUCCCGGGCCCGAUGGCAUGACCUCUGAAUUCCAGCGGGACCCUGUCGAUACCCCGUCUGAACCAUGGAGAUUCAACAACCUCAGCCAGUCGCAGUCCAACACCAGCAUCAAGUUUGAAGAGAUUUUUUCCCAAGUCAGAGAUGUUGGCGGAAUAUCACCAGGGAAAUUCUCCAACCAGGACGAGUUGGCCAAUGCAAAUCGUGGAAACUCCAUGCCCAGCACAGCAGCCAACCAGGGAAACGCCUCUAAACCUUCAGCUGCAGCCUCAUCAAACAAUGGAUCGUCCAAAGCCAACACUUCAGCGUCGUCUCAGGGCGGUUCUGUCACGCCGCUGUCUCCUCACGAAGUGGCCAACGGUGAACUCGCGCUCACCUCUUCUUCACCGCUGUCUACGGCUUCUUCCGAUGUCACCAUGGAGUCCGUGGAGCAGGAAACGUCAAGAGGACUCUGCAGGAAAAGUGGAAAAUCUGAAAACAGAGAGAACAAGGAAACGUCGAGGGAAGAACAGAAGGGCUGGCGUGGAGACGACGUCCAGAAGACUGGCUCUGCGCCCGUCACAAAUGAAGAUGGAGAUGAGAGCCCAGAGAAGUCUGAAGUGCAGGCCAUCCUAGAGUCCACUCCUGAGCUGGACAUGGACUUUGACAGCUGCCAAGGAACAAGCACACCGACCAAAGGUGGCAUCGAGAAUCCAGCCUUCGACCGCAACAACGACUCUCUGUUCGACGAGCUGGCGUCUGCAGGAAACGACAUGAUCGGCGACGUGGACGAGGGAGCCGACCUGCUGGGUAUGGGUCGGGAGGUCGAACAUCUAAUCCAUGAGAACACCCAGCUGCUGGAGACCAAAAACGCUCUGAAUGUGGUGAAAAACGACCUCAUAGCUCAAGUGGACGACCUGUCCUGUGAGAAGGAAGUUCUGCGAGGCGAGCUGGAGGCCGUCACUCAGGCUAAGACCAAACUGGAGAAGAAAUACAAAGAAUUAGAAGAGGAGCUAAAGAAAGUUAAAGCCGAACUGGAUGAGGCCAAACAGAAGGUCAAGAAUGAAAACGAGGACGACAGCGACGUGCCCACAGCCCAGAGGAAACGUUUCACCAGAGUGGAGAUGGCCAGAGUCCUGAUGGAGAGGAACCAGUAUAAAGAGAGGCUGAUGGAGCUGCAGGAAGCCGUCAGAUGGACAGAGAUGAUCCGCGCUUCAAAGGAGAAUCCCGCUCUUCCAGAGAAGAAGAAAUCCAGCCUCUGGCAGUUUUUCAGCCGUCUGUUUAGCUCGUCGGGCGGAGCGGGGAAGAAGCCAGCGGGGGAGGCGCCGGUUAACGUCAAGUACAACGCGCCCACCUCGCAAAUUCAGCCGUCCGUCAAGAAGAAGAGCAGCGCCCUGCAGCAGCUGCCCAGCGACAAGAGCAAAGCGUUUGAUUUCCUCAAUGAGGAUCCGCCCCCUGAGAGUUCGGUGUCACGGCGAGAGCAGAAGAGAGCUCAGUACAAACAGGUCAAAGCUCACGUCCAGAAGGAGGACGGCAGAGUGCAGGCCUACGGCUGGAGCCUGCCCAAGAAAUACAAAGCUAAUGGAGGUCAGGCAGAGGGCAAGAUGAAGAAUCUGCCUGUUCCCGUCUUCCUCAGGCCGCUGGAUGAGAAAGAUCCCACUAUGAAGCUGUGGUGUGCUGCAGGUGUCAACCUGUCUGGAGGGAAAACCAGAGACGGAGGCUCAAUCGUGGGAGCCAGUGUGUUUUACAGCGACGUGUCCGGUGCAGAAAGUCCCAGAAAGAAGAGAGGCUCGCAGAGCAGCAUUGAUGAACUGGAUCAGGAACUGAAGGAGCAGCAGAAGGAGUUGCGGCAGCAGGACGAGUUUUCCUCUCUGGUGUGGAUCUCCACCAGCACCCAGUCCAAUUCAAACGUCGUCGUCAUCGACGCCAACCAGCCCGGGAACAUCCUGGAGAGCUUCUUCGUUUGUAACUCGCACGUCUUCUGCAUCUCUAGUGUACCUGGCGCGAGAGAGACCGACUAUCCAGCCGGAGAGGAAGUGUCCUCACGCGCUGACGCGGGCCCGGUGGGAGACGGCUGCUUGUCGACGGCCGAUGGCGGCUCAGAGGGCGGCGGCGGCGUCCUCGAAGGCAUCACAGUUGUGGGCUGUGACGGCGAGGGAGUGACUGCUGUUCCUCAGACAGCGGACAGUCCAGACUCCAGGCCAGCAGAAGAGGCCAUGGAGGCCAGCGCGGGGCCUGUUGACCACAGCGAGAGCCUGAGAGGCAUCUACACAGAACACGUCUUCGCAGAUCCACUGGGAGCGCAGCAAACCAGGGAGGCGCCAGCUAACUAUUCUCAGAGAGAGAGCGACCUGCUGAAAGAUGGAGUGAGUUCAAACCCCAACGCAGAGGACCUGAUGAUCGAAGAAGCUCAAAAAAUGAGCAGCGUUCUGCCCACCAUGUGGCUGGGGGCCCAAAAUGGAUGCGUCUACGUCCACUCGUCUGUUGCUCACUGGAAGAAGUGUCUCCACUCUAUAAAGCUGAAGAAGCCCGUGAUCGGCAUAGUACACGUGAAGGGUCGGGUCCUGGUUAGCCUGUCUGAUAGCACGUUAGCCAUUUUCCACAGAGGAACAGAUGGGCAGUGGGAUCUGACCAACUACCACCUGCUGGACCUGGGGAAGCAGCACCACUCCAUCCGCUGCAUGACCGUGGUGCACGACCGGGUGUGGUGCGGCUACAGGAACAAGAUCCAUGUGGUGCAUCCCAGAGCCAUGAAGGUUGAGAAAACCUUCGACGCCCACCCUCGUAAGGACAGCCAGGUCCGUCAGCUGGCCUGGCACGGUGACGGGAUCUGGGUGUCCAUCAAGCUGGACUCCACUCUCAGACUGUUCCACGCGCGCACACACCAGCACCUCCAGGACAUCGACAUCGAACCCUACGUCAGCAAGAUGCUCGGUACGGGCAAGCUGGGCUUCUCGUUUGUGAGGAUCACGGCUCUAAUGGUUUCAUGUAGCCGCUUGUGGAUCGGGACUGGAAAUGGAGUCAUCAUCUCUAUUCCCGUUACGGAGACAGCCAACAAUGUAGCCACGUCAUCAGGAAGCAAUCCUGGAGGAGUGGUUCAUGUCUAUGGAGACGACAGUGGGGACAAGGUGACGGCCGGGACCAUCGUUCCCUACUGCUCCAUGGCUCACGCUCAACUCAGCUUCCAUGGUCACAGGAACGCGGUCCAGUUCUUCGCCGCCGUUCCAGGUCACGCAGAUCCAUCGACGUCCAUCGGAGGAGAGUCAACGGCAGACAAACCCGCCGAUGUCUCGGCUCAGGAAGGAAGCAGGUCCAUGUUGGUGAUGAGUGGAGGAGAAGGCUACAUCGACUUCAGAAUGGGUGAUGAGGACGGGGAGGCAGACGAGCUGGACGACCCCGCCUUAAAACUGCAGUCCUUCCUCACAAAAGCCGAGCGCAGCCAUCUCAUCGUCUGGCAGGUCAUGGUCGGUGAAGACUGAACUCAGCAUCACUGAAUCCCUAAUUUGCCCCCUUUGUGUCACAGAAACAGAGGAGAAAGCACAAGAUUAAUCAGCACUUGUUUUUUUUUAUUUCACUCCCUCGGUUUCGGACAAAGGAAGCAAAACGUGCGAAAACUGCACUGCGAGCAUUUUUCUCUGUUAACCUUGAACACAUGGAACUGCUUUGUCCUAUUUUUUUUUUUUUUUGAUGUCAUGAAUUUCAAGCAUCAUAUAUUAUUGCCUCGCGGAUUAAAAUUUUAUUCGAGGUGAGGCGGAUGUUUGCCAGGUUUCCGGUUGAAUCCCCUUAGCUGCGCUCAAUCGGGACACUGCUGAUGUUCCGUCAGCUGAUCAGAGGGAGGAAAACAGCUUCCUGUUCGUCCUCUGAAGAAUGUAAGACGUAGCGAGCGACGCGGGAGUCAAUCAUGGCGGGAUUGUUUUUCUCUGAAACUUCGCCGAUUAUGGUUCUUUUUUUUUUUGUUGGUUUUUUUAACGUGGAGAACGUCUUUGAAAGCCAAUAGCUGACACAUAUUUCAAUGGUGUUCGACUCCAAUACUCACGUUCAUCUCAUGUCUAAAGGCUUAAUAGGAAUGUUUUUCAUCAUGUAUUUCAAAUGGCCCGGUUUGUGCCUCAAAUCCCUAUUCAUUUAACAAAAAAAAACACACACAACAGUGUUUAUGAAGCACAAAAAGCUCAUUUCAGUUGUUUUUCUUUUGCCCACAAUACAGAUGUGGGUUGUUGCUAUGUGAAUUUAAUAAAAUAACACGAUUGUCUUCUGUCGGUAUUACAAGUGGGAGCGGGUGAGUCACCGUCAGAUACUGUUACACAUCUGGAUCAUAAAAGAACCAACAUGUUUCAAUCUAUUUAUUUUGUAGCAGUUCCCAAACCCCAGCGAUCCUCGUGGUAAACAUGCAGGUGUUUUAUCACGAUGGCUAAGAACUUCUUAAGUUUAGCUGAGAAACUUAAAAAAUUGUCAAUGUGUAUAAUCCCAGAAAUUAACAUUAAACUUUCCCUGAAGUGCCUGCACCAGGCCAAAGAUUUGAAUUUCACUGUAGGUCUCGAUAAGUGACUUUUUUUGUUGUUGUUGUUUUUUGUUUUGGGAAUGAAAGUACAAAAAAUCUUAAACAUAAAUUUGAGGUUAGGCUCCAUUUCUGCCUCGGACUGUCGAGUUGGUUCUACAUGGAGUCAUACCAUUAGCAUUGACACUGGACAGCAUUUAUCCCAGCUAUGUUUUAUAUACAGUUACAUAUUUUUUCCGGGCUUUUUGCUGAGAUCUGGCCGCUCUGCUGAAGUUGGGAAGACGCGCAAUAACACUAAAGGUAAUAAGAAGGUGUCAUCGUUUGCAGAUGACAUGCUGACAUCAAGUUCGCCGGUCUAAUCACGAAUUCGUACUGUUGUCUCCAAUCUUGCUGAAUACCCCAGCUUCUUUACCGCCAUGAUAACACGUGAUGCUUUCCGAUUAUUUCACAGCGCAUGCUUGUGUUGACCGAGUCGCAUCACUUUGCCUGUUUUCUGCUCCCAGCGCACACUUUAAGAGUUGCCUUAGACAUCAGAGUUCAAACAGCCUGUGACAGAGUUUCUCUAUUUUUCUCUAAAGAAUUUUAUUCUCUACCAAAGACUGCUAGCUAGCUAUGACGUCACGCAGUGAUCAAAGUCUCGCUUAGCUUUCACAGCAGCGUGUUUGCAAAAGGAAGCCAGGUUUUAUUGUUUUUUCUAACAGAAAUCAGAGUGUGUUGAUAUAUUCAGAUAGGUGUAUCUAUAUAUUUUUGAACUUUUCCUGUUUGUAAAUGGAAAUAUUUUGAAGGCGUGCGAGUCGUGAACAUGCGAGCGAGAGAGAGCUGGACGCUCGUUCUGUCCCCAGAUGAGAAGCCGAACUUUAACCCGUCUGGUUUUGCAACACUGACCUGCUUGCUUUCAACCAAACCUGCUUAUUAAUUCAAAUGUCCUUUUGUUUCUCAGAUUUUUAUUUCUUCUUUGAGUGUGGCUAAAAGGUUUUAUUUGUUGAAUAUCAGCCUCUUUCUGUCCUCCGUGAACACUGUAGUCAUGCUUUCUGUUUUUGUUAUCUCUUUAUGCAACUGUGUGUAUUUGCGUCUUCUCUCCACGAGAAAAGAUUUAUAUAUAUCUAUACAUAAAUAUUUCAAUCUCGCCAUUUCAGUAUUUAUUUUUGAUGGAUGAACCUCUGCGAUUGAGAAUGUAUCUUUGUACAUUGAAUAUAUAUGAUUAUAUAUAUAUGAGACUUAUAGAUGGUUUGGAUUUUAUUGAGUUGUAACCUGAGGAUUUCCUCAGCUAUGCACCACGUCUCUGAGGGGAGUGAAAGCUACACACACAUGCUCUGUCCUUUUGCAAUCAGUUAAAUUUGAACUUCUACUCAACGACGGGGCAGUCGACUCCCUUCACAGACUCUUUCCACACAUUUGUCAUCGCUGAAUUCUGCUUUUAGGUAACUCUGACAGGAGAGCAGUGUUUGUUUUGUUUUUUUCCCCAAAUCUGCAGUAAAUGCAUCAUCUUAAACCUCGGCAGCAUCUCUAGCGUUGCCUGUUUUUAACAAUUAAUUAAAGCAACUUUUGUCAACAUC